AUGGUAUCAAAGUGGAUUGAUCGUCGAGGUACUGUUGAAUGGCCACCAAGAUCGAUGGAUAUCACGCCUUGCGAUUUCUCGCUUUGGGGGAUAAUAAAAGAUCAUGUCUAUGCUCAACAACCUUCAGAUAUCGACCAUCUAAAAUCAUUAAUUAAAAAAGAAUUUGCAUUAAUCAAUGAUAACAUCGAAUUAUGCCAAGCGAUAUGUCGUUCAGUAGUUAUUCGGUGUCAGAUGUGUAUAGAUACAGAUGGUAAACAAUUUGAACACUUACUCUAA